AUGAUAAACCCCUUUCCACAGAUAGUUGGACAGCUAAAAUGCUUGCAAAUUGUUGCAAGUUUAACAGCUGUACGAAAUGGUGAAACUAGGAGGGCGGCUUUAAAUACUCUAGCUACUGGUUAUAAGAUUCUUGGUGAUGACAUAUGGAAAAAUGUUGGGAAGCUGAUAGAAGCACAAAGAAGCAUGUUGGAUGAUCAGUUUCAGUGGAAGGCCCAAGAGAUGGACAAAAGGAAAGAGGGGAAGCCUGGUGAAGCUAGGGCUACUUUAAGGCAUUCUGUUAGGGAUAAUGGGUGUGAUUUUCUAUUAAGGCUUUAA